AUGAUUUUAUCAGUAACGGCAUUUUUUGGUGUUUUGAUAUUGUAUCAGCUUUACGUAUUAUUAACAAAAAAACAUGAUUAUUGGAAAAAGAAAAACGUUCCACAUCGGAAACCGAAACUAAUUUUUGGCAACUUCAAAGAUUAUAUAUUUCUAAGAAAAAGUCGUCAGACAGUUAUACGUGAAAUUUAUGACCAGUUCCCUGAUGAGCCGUACAUCGGCGUCUAUUAUGGUACAGCACCAGCUCUCGUUAUCAAGGAUCCUAAAAUAUUAAAACUGGUGUUGACACAAGACUUCUAUUACUUCAAUGGUAGAGAAAAUACAGACCACGCUAACAGAGAGCCAAUUACAACGAAUUUGUUAUUGAAUGGAGGUAAUCAUUGGAAAGUUUUACGACAGAAUUUAACUCCACUUUUCACAUCUGCAAAGUUAAAGAAUAUGUUCCCAAUUAUCAAAGAAUGUGCUGAGGAAUUGGACCCGUACCUUAAGGAUGAAAUACAAAUUUCGGGGAAUAUUAACAUAAAAUCCUUGUUGGCUAGAUAUUCGAUGGAAUGUAUUAUUAGAUGUGUUUUUGGUCUAAGAGCGAACACUAUGAAGAGAGAUGCAGCUAUUAAUCCAUUCGUUACUAUAGCAGAAGAAAUAAAUUCAACACCAACUAGAGCUGGCUUAAAAAACAUUGGCCGAUCUAUAUGGCCUGAUUUAUUUUACGCAUUGGGUUUGCAUUUGUUCGAUGACAAAAUUGAAAAAUUCUUUAACCGCUUAUUCACCGGAGCUCGUAAAAGUCGUUCCACUGAUACAUCUAUAAAAAACGACUUCGUCGAUCUUAUACUGAGCUGGGAAAAGCAACAAUACAUAACCGGAGACAGUUUUAGCAAUAACCAAACGAAUGACAAGAAGAUAGAAAGAAUUGAAGUGAAUGAAGACUUACUUGUGGCACAAUGCACUUUAUUCUUCGUAGCUGGAUUUGAAACAACAUCGUCCACAAUGAAUUACCUUCUGUAUGAGCUGGCAAAAAAUAAACAAGCCCAAGAACGACUCAUAGAAGAAGUAGAUGCAUACUUUAAUAAACAUGGUGAUAUUAAGUACGAAUGUUUGUCCGAAUUGCCAUAUAUUGAAGCAUGUAUUGAAGAAGCACUUCGUCUUUACCCGGUGUUACCUGUCAUCACCAGGGAAGUGAUGAGUAGCUACACGCUGCCAACUGGGCUGCGCCUACAGAAGGGUGAUCGCGUGCAUAUACCUAUUGAUUACAUCCAACGGCACCCAGAGAAUUACCCGGAUCCCACGGCAUACCGUCCCGAACGAUUCUUUGGAGACGAGAGGAAGAAAGUCAAACCAUACACCUUCAUGCCAUUCGGUGAAGGUCCGAGAGUUUGUAUUGGUGCACGUUUUGCAAGAAUGGUUAUGUACGCUGGACUCUUGACUAUAUUCAGGAAGUAUAGGACCGUACUUGGAGAUAACAUGCCCGAUACUUUGGAAUUUAAGCCAGCAUCUAAUAUACUCAGAGCUACAAUAAAAAUGUACGUUAAAUUCAUUCCUCGAGAAGUUUGA